AGAAAUGAUGCCUCAGGCACCAAGUUGGUUGAAUCGGGCCGGCGAUCCGGAGAAAUCAUUCUCUCACUUCCUUUCCCUCCCAGACAGACCCAACCAUCAACAAUGCUAUUGACAACCAGGACUCCAGGCCUAUUCGGCCGAGCCACUCGCUCCCUAACCUCUACUGAAACUCGUCUCCUCUCCCUCCCUCAACACCACGGCGCAGCACAAUGCCGCAGAGGCUACACCCCAGCACCGCGACCGCAACCGCGCAAUGCAGCAAACCCACUCCUCAAUUCCAAAAACUUCUCCUCGAGUGCCUUCCUCGAGCGCGCCAAGACAAUGGGCGAGCUGAAGUCGCGCAACACGACGGGCCCAUUCUCAUGGAAGGCGGCGCUGCUCUUCCUCCUGACGGGCGCGGGCAUGAUGGUCUACUUUAAGAUCGAAAAGGAGCGUCUGGAGCGCAAGCGCAUUGCGGAGAUGAGCAAGGGAUACGGCAAGCCUAAGGUCGGGGGCCCGUUUGUGCUGAAGGAUUUGAACGGGAAUGAGUUCACGCAGGAGGAUCUGAAGGGGAAAUACAGCUUCGUCUACUUCGGUUUCACCCAUUGCCCGGAUAUCUGCCCCGACGAGCUGGACAAGAUGGCCGAGAUCAUCGAGAAGGUCAAGGAGGCGACCAAGGACGAUAAAUUGUUUCUGCCGGUUUUCAUAACCUGCGAUCCGGUCCGUGACACGCCCGAGGUACUGCGCGAGUACCUCAAGGAGUUUCAUCCGGGUAUUGUGGGCUUGACUGGGACAUACGAGCAGGUGAAGAAUGUCUGUCGGCAAUACCGGGUGUACUUUAGUACGCCCCGGGAUGUGAAGCCUGGCGAGGAUUAUUUGGUGGAUCAUAGCAUCUACUUCUAUUUGAUGGAUCCCGAUAAUGACUUCGUGGAGUGUAUUGGGCGUCAGGAUACACCUGAGUCGGCGGCGAAGGUGAUUCUCGAGCAUAUCAAGGACUGGCAGCGCGAGGGCAAACCACUGAAAACGGAGUGA